UAGAAUUUUUUGAGUUUGUCGACAGACGGCGUUCGAACAGCAGCUCCACGGAAAAAGUUUGCCAACAAACAUAAUCGUAUUCCAUAAUUGGAUACGGCUAAUUAUUCCAAUUUAUAUCGAAAUCAAAGUUUAUAAAACGCAAAAAAAUGCAGCUAACAGGUGGCCGAACAGGUUUUCUGGCCCUCUUUGUUCUCGGCCUGCUGAGCUGCGUGUCCGCCUACAAUUAUCUGGUGGUGCUCCAUACUGCCGCACGCUCCCACUACCACGUGGGAUCGGCACUGGCCAAAGGGUUGGCCGGUGCCGGCCACCAGGUCACCCUGGUAUCGCCCUUUGAACUGAAGAAACCGAUCAAAAACAUUAAAGAUGUGACGGUGAAGGCUAUUUUAAACGUCAUGCAGGGCCGUAUUUCCAAUCUUUUGGAAUCCUCAAAAGCACCCAUAAUUAAACAGAUUCUUGAAUUCCACAACAUGGGCUUGGAAAUUACGGAAGUUCUAUUGGGUGAUCCCGCUGUGGUCGAGCUUAUGAAAUCUAAUCAGACCUACGAUGCCGUCAUAUCAGAGGUGUUCCUCAACGAAGCGCACUUUGGAUUGGCGGAGCACUUCAACGCUCCACUAAUAGGGCUGGGAACAUUUGGGGCCAUCAGCUGGAACACGGAUCUGGUUGGCUCUCCUUCACCACCAUCGUAUAUUCCUCAUGCCCUGCUGAAAUUCAGUGACCAUAUGUCUCUCGUCGAACGAAUCGGAAACCUUGCCUUUGUCACCUACGAGUAUUUGUUUUUGAACUAUUUCUACCUGCCCCACCAGGAGGCUCUCUACCAGAAGUUCUUCCCCAACAACAAGCAGAAUUUCUACGAUAUGAGAAAGAACACAGCUUUGGUGCUUCUGAACCAGCAUGUAUCCCUUAGUUUUCCACGUCCCUAUUCCCCCAACAUGAUCGAAGUAGGCGGCAUGCACAUCAACCGGAAAAGGCAACCCCUUCCCAAGGACAUUGAAGAGUUCAUCGAGGGAGCGGAGCACGGAGUCAUAUACUUCUCGAUGGGAUCCAACCUUAAGAGCAAAACACUGCCUCUGGAGAAGCGCCAGGCUCUCAUCGAUACUUUCGCGCAACUGAAACAGCGCGUGCUUUGGAAGUUUGAGGAUCCCAACCUGCCCGGUAAACCCGAUAAUGUGUUUAUCUCAGACUGGUUCCCGCAGGACGACAUUCUUGCUCAUGAGAAAGUCCUUGCCUUCAUUACCCACGGAGGUCUCCUCAGUACGACCGAGUCCAUCUACCACCGCAAGCCUUUCGUGGGAAUUCCGAUUUUCGGAGAUCAGUUCCUGAACAUGGCUCGGGCUGAGCAAAACGGCUAUGGAGUCACGGUCAACUACCAGGAUUUGACAGCCUCAAACCUUUUAUCGGCCAUUCAACGCCUUCUUAACGACCCACUGGCCACCAAAAAGGUGCAGGACAUGUCCGACAGGUAUCGAGAUCAGCUAGAAACUCCUCUUGAACGAGCUGUUUUCUGGGUGGAGCAUGUGAGUCGCCAUAAGGGCGCCAAGUACCUAAGGAGCGCCUCACAGGAUCUGAACUUUGUCCAGUACCACAAUCUGGAUGCCAUGCUGAUCCUGUACGGCGGCAUUAUUUUCGUCCUGUAUUGCCUGUUCAAGCUGAUUGGCUUUCUCUUCCGACUGCUGCAGGAAUUGUUUAUCAAAAAGGAAACUCCAAAGUCGAAAACAAAAGUUAAGAAAAACUAGAUGACUUUCCGGCUAUUGAUAGAAAAAGUCUUUUAUAACAAUUAUAGAGAUGCCUACAUAUAUAAUAAGUAUUUGUGUAUAUUUAUUGUUGGUGCUGUUCAAUUUAUUCAGGUUUUUUUGUUAGCUAGUAGAUUUU